GCUAGCGGAGAGCGAAGGCGAGGCGGCCCUCGCUCGCGCCGCGUCCUGCCGCUCAGCUCCGCCGCUGCCUCCGACCUCCGUGGCCCCGGCCGCAGUCAUGACCUCGCUGACCCAGCGCAGCUCGGGCCUGGUGCAGCGCCGCACCGAGGCCUCGCGCAGUGCCGCCGACAAGGAGCGGGCAGCCGGCGGCGGAGGGGGUGGCGGCGGCGACGACGAUGAGCAGAGCCGCCGGGACGAGCAGGACGACGACGACAAGGGCGACUCCAAGGAAACCCGGCUGACCCUGAUGGAGGAGGUGCUGCUGCUGGGCCUGAAGGACCGAGAGGGCUACACUUCAUUUUGGAAUGACUGUAUAUCAUCUGGAUUACGGGGCUGUAUGUUAAUUGAAUUAGCUUUGAGAGGGCGCCUACAACUAGAAGCUUGUGGAAUGAGGCGCAAAAGUCUUUUAACAAGAAAGGUGAUUUGUAAGUCAGAUGCUCCAACUGGGGAUGUUUUACUUGAUGAAGCCUUGAAACACGUUAAAGAAACUCAGCCUCCAGAAACAGUUCAAAAUUGGAUCGAACUCCUUAGUGGUGAAACUUGGAAUCCGCUAAAAUUGCACUACCAAUUAAGAAAUGUUCGUGAAAGAUUAGCUAAAAACCUGGUGGAAAAAGGUGUACUGACAACAGAAAAGCAGAACUUUCUCCUUUUUGACAUGACCACACAUCCGCUUACCAACAACAACAUUAAGCAACGUCUCAUCAAGAAAGUACAAGAAGCCGUUCUUGACAAAUGGGUGAAUGACCCUCAUCGAAUGGACAAGCGCUUGCUGGCUCUUAUUUACCUUGCCCAUGCUUCUGAUGUCCUUGAGAACGCUUUUGCCCCUCUUCUGGAUGAGCAGUAUGAUCUAGCCACAAAGAGAGUGCGACAGCUUCUGGAUUUAGACCCAGAAGUUGAAUGUAUGAAGGCCAACACAAAUGAGGUUCUGUGGGCUGUAGUUGCAGCCUUUACAAAAUAACUGUUGUUGGACUCUUCUUUCAUGUUGUUUCUCUUCUAUUGACUUCUUGUUUUCUGUAAUUCGUACUUUCUCACAAUAUGAAUUGGAUCUUGUUUUAUGGAAACAAUGGGUGGCUUUUCCUGUAUGUUGUGUGUAUGCAAGAUUCUGCUGGUACGAGACUUCUUCCUAUUUCUGUUAUUAAAAACAAAUACUGCCAUAUUGGCAUUCCAUUUACUAUUGGACUCAAGUUGCUUGCAAUUCUUAAUGUAAAUUUUUGUUUGUUUCUGCUAUGUUUUGACUUUCAAAGUACCUCCACUCCCACAUACACAUCUUUUGGAUUACCUCAUCUUGAGUUGUUCCACAUGUGUAUGUAUCUAGCAUUCUGCAGUACAGUUCAGACAGAAGUCACAAUAAAGGCCUUUAACUCACCAAAGGUAAAUAUCUGUAUCUAUUAGGACAUUUUAUACAUAGACCUCAGUUGAGAUGUAUACUUAGCAAAGUUAUUUUUAAAUUAAAACAGCACAUUAAUACUUAAUGUAAAAUGCCCCCUUGAAAUUUUGCUUCCAGUGUAAAUCUUAUUGUAUACAUAUGCUAUGGUUUUAGUAGUUAAAAAUCAAAAUGAAAGCUUGUGUCUAAUGGUCCAGUUGUUUCACAUAGCAGGUUUGGGAUGAAAUAUGCAUUCCAGUAUAUUCUGUAUAUAGUUUGAAAUGUAUAUUAACAGCCCCUUCCUCUUGAUCCUAUUUCUCUCCAUCUAAGUAUUUUUCAGGAUUUAAUUAGUUAUACACCUGUACAUCUCCUUGCUUCAACCAUUGCCAUUUGAUCAAAACUUUGAUCUCUUAAAGGGGAAGAAAGAAUGUGUGUGUGUAUGGAUACUUGUAUGUGUGAUUCCCAGUAUCUACUGAGCUGUGCCAUUCAUGGUACUCUGCCUAUGCAUCUAUAUUUUGGACAUUUGUCAUCCCGUUUGUUUAGUUUUUGUUUGGAAAUAGGCUUGUGACCAGUACUGAUCUUGAGUACAGUUUGAAAAAAAAAAAAAACAACAAAAAAAAACCCUUUUGUCUGCAAGUUAGCGUUUGUGUCUUAAAUGUCAUUUAUCUACUUAACACUUUUUUGGGGGGACAGGGUGGGGGAGGUGGGAAGCAAAUGUCAAUCCUAGCAGGUGUUGCAUGUAAAUUGUUAGCGAGUAAUGACUACAGCUCAGAUGAUUAAGAUUUCUGUAACAGGAAGCUCUAUGUUUUCAUUUUUUAUAUAUUAUAAUUAUGAUGAUUUGCUCAUUAUUGUAAAAUUAUAAACUUUGGCUUUAUAAAGUUUAGUUAUUACUUAUCAUACAUCCCACCAUUGGUUUCAUAAUGUAAAUACUAAACAUUGAAAAAUAAAACAUCAAUUUUUUUAUCACCAUAGUACAUACUAAUAUUGGGGCUUUCAGGUGUUUAGAAUUAUUUUGUUUAACAUUGAGGGCAAAAAUACUAGAUGGUGUAUCAUUCUAGAGUUGAAAUUUAAGGGAUCCCUAAUCUGUAUACUAGCUUUUUACCUGAAGUAAUAAAUAAACUAUGAUCUUGAAAGUGCCUGAACCAGA